CAAAAAUGUAUUGAACAAUAUAGUAUUAAAUAUCAUGAUAAUUUAAAACAACAAGAAUUUAUUAAAUUAAAACAAAAAAUAGAUCAAAUUAAUAAAUUAAAAAAUAAUAAUUAUUUAAAUGAAAAAAUGAUAAUUUUAAAUCAACGACUUAAUGAUUGUGAACAACAAAAAAAUAAAUUAUUAACAAAUAGAAAUUUAAUUAAAGAAACAGAAUUUACUCAUAUACUACAGGAUCAGACUCAAAAUUUAAAUGAUAUUCAAGAUGAAAAACAAAAAUGUAAUCAUUUACUCGAACAAUUACAAACAUGGUUAGAACAGAAACAAAAAAAAUUCACACAAUUGAACGAUACGAAUUGUGAUGAAAAAACUUUAAUGGAAAGAAUGAAUAGAAUAGAAUAUGAAUUAGAUAGUAUCAAAGAUGGUUAUUCAAUAUUGAAAAAUGUACAAAAUCUCAAAGAAAAACAGCGACGAGUAUUAAAUGAAAACGAUGAACAGAUUAUUGAUAAACGUGUUAAACAGUAUCAACAACAACUACAAGCGAUAGAAAAUUUGCAUGUUGAAACACUUCAAUCAAUGAAACAAAUUCAAACGAAAUGGAGUAAAAUGAGAAAUUUAUACACAGAAGUAGAGCAAUUACUAGAGAAGAAUCAAUUGUUAUGGGAAAAAAGUGCUGAUAAAUAUAGUAUUACACCUGAGAAUAUACAUAAACAACUUCAAAUCUUACAGUCACUAAUACGUGAUCUUGAUAGUAGAACACAAAUUUUUGAUUCUCUAAAAACAAUGGCUGAAACAUUGUCUCAUAAACAAACCAUUGAAAAAGUGAAUAAAUUAAUAACGACAAAGAAUAAUUUGAUACAAAACGUUCAGAAUGAAAUUGAACAACGACAAUAUAUUUUGACACAAUAUAAUCAUUUUAUUGAACAAGUAAAUCAGACACAAUUAGCAGCAAUUAAAUUAUUAAAUGAACAAAAUCAACAAUUUUCAAAACAAACAUUAAUAGAAGAUCCAGAUGUUAAAUGGGAGAAAUUUAAACAAUCAUCGUCCAUUAUCACAACACGAUAUGAUGAUGUUCAUCAAUUAGGAACAAAAUUAAUGACAGAACAUUAUAAAUAUAGAAAUAUUUGUCGUUUAAUCUCGUCGACAAUUGAUAUGGGAGAAAAAAAUCAAAAAUCAUUUGAAUCAUCAUUAUAUAAUAUGAAUAAAAUUUAUUUAAAUGUUAUUGAACAAUAUCGUCGACGUCAAACACAUUUCAAAAAUUUUGAAAAUCAAAUUGAUAUAAUUGAAAAAACUUUUCAAAAUUUUAAUCAUAUCAAUAGUAUAGAACAAUUGAAUCAAUCGUUCAAUAUGUUCAUAGAGACUAUUGAAAAAGUUCAAUCAAAAUUACAAUAUUUAUUUGAUCAAUCAAACAAUAAUUAUGAUUUUAACAAUUUAAAUUUACGUUUAAAAUCUUUAAAGACAAAUGUUCAACAUCAACUAGAAUAUAAACGAUCAAUUUUAAUGGAAAAAAGUGAAAAACAGACAAUUGUUCAAUCAUCAUCUAACUGGUUAAAUGCAAUAAUUAAAAAUUUAGACGUAUUUAAAAAUGAACCCAUUCUUUUUCAAUAUGAUUUGAUAAGAAAUCGUUUAAAAGAUAUUUCUCGUGAAAUUCAUAUACGAAUUGAUGAGUUAAAAACAAUCAACAGUGAGAACAACGAAUUGAUUGAACAAUUCAAAAAUGUAGACAAAGAUAUUAAUGUUAUUUUGAAUGAAAGAGAAAAUAUUCAUACAAAACUAGUAACAAUCGAUAAAAAUGUAACUAUAAUUGGUCAAGACGUUAAAAAAUUACGAAUGAAACUUGAUCAAGCAUUGCGUAAUACGACUUUUUCAAUUGAACAGCAAUUGUUAGAAACAGAGACACUUAGUCGAGAAAUUCAAGGUGAAGAAAAUCAUUUAAAUACACUUGCAACAAAAUUACGGACAAUUGCGUCCGAUUUAAGUGUUCAAGAACGACAACAAGCAGAAUCAGAAAUUAAUAAAAUUGAAGCUGAAUUAGAUCAGUUAAGACAACAAACAGAAAAACGAAAAGAACGUUUAAAUAUGUUAAUUCAACAACGACAAGAACUCGAUACAGCAUCAAAUCGUUUAUCAACAUGGAUAGAUGAUAGACAACGUAUGAUGACAACUGAACAAACGAUACCAUUGAAAUCAAGUGAAAUUGAACGAUUACAUAAAAAACAUUCUGAUAUACUUAAUGAAAUUAAAUUUCAACGUAUUACAUUGGAUAAUAUAAUAAAAUUGAGUGAAGAAGUAAAACAUGGUUAUUCUCGUGAAGGACAAAAUGAAAUUGAUUUUCAUAUGAAUGAUAUUGUUCGAAAAUUAAAUAAACUUGAUGAAAUAAUUAAUGAUCGUAAUCGUCUAUUGAAUGGUGCUAAUGAACAACGACAUGAAUUUGAUCGUUUAAUACAAAAAUUGACAGAUUGGAUAAAAACAAUUGAAUAUCAAGUCAAAGAACCAGUAACAAAUGAUUUACAACAAACACAACUUACAAUUAAAGAAAAAUUAAAAAUUAUUAAUAAUUUAAUUCAAAAUACGAAUGAUCGUACAAAUGAAAUUGAAGAUUUAGCACGAAUUAAAAAUGUGAUAACAUCUACUUUAAGUGAAUCAGAUAGAUUAAUAUUAGAUGAAAAAUAUGCAUCAAUCAAAGAAAAAUAUACUCGAUUAUCUGAUCAUUUAAUUAUGCGUCUUGCUGCACUUGAUGAAGCAAGUCAAGAACGUGCACAAUUUGAACUACAAUUUGAACAAAUUCAACAAUCAAAUAUACAAUUACAAAAUGAAUUACAAAAUUUACAACAAUUAUCUACAAUUAUGGAUGAUAGUCAAUUAAUCGAAAGUCCAAGAGGAAAAUUAGGUCAAAUGUCAAUUGAAACACGUCUUGAUCGUUUAAAAACAUUAAGUGAAAAAAUUGAUGAAACAAAUAAUCAUAUUCGAGAAUUAAGUCGUACACAACGUUUAUUAACAAGUAAAGGUCAUCGUCUAGAACAAAUUGGUGGUGGUGGAAGUAUUAGUGAAUUAAGUUCAAAUUUAAAAACAAUUGAAUCACAAUUAAAUAAUGAAAUUGAACGAAUGGAACGUGCUGUUCAAGCUGAAAUUAAUUUACAUGAAAUUGAAAAAGAACUUGAUAUUUGUAUGAAUUCAUGUGCUGAACAAUUGAAAUCUUGUCAAUAUCAUCCAGAAAAAUUAAGUAUUUACCAAACUGUUUUCGAUCGUUUAAUGCAAGCAGAACAUGAAUUUGAAAAACUUUUAACACUUUCUGAACGUCUUGCACACGAUAUACCCACUGAACAAUUUGAUAUAAUUCAACGUUCUGUUCAACGACGUCAAGAACGUUUACAAACGUUAAUCAAAUCGUGUUCAAAUUCAAAAUUAAAAUAUGAACAAAUGUUAAAAACACAACAUAAAUUAUAUGAAGAAUUACUCUCAAUUAUUGAUUGGUUAAAACGUUUAAUGAACGAUUUAUCUUCUCCCAUUGAAUUAAAUUUAUCAGUGAAUAGUGUUAAUGAUGCACAAGAUAGUGUCACUCAAUUAAUAUCGUCUAUUGAACAACGAACAGCACGUUUAGAGCAAAUACUUCAUGAUGAACCAACGUUAAUCAGUGAUAAAGAAGAAACUUAUACUCAAGAAAUUCGAGAACGUCUAGGAGAACUUGAACAUACAAAACAACAAAUUCAUAUUAUGUUAAACCAACGACGUCACAUCUUAGAAGAUAUUCAUCAACGUAUGACACAAUUUCUUAAAGCAACAAAUGAUGUUAAAACUGCUGUAUGUGAUGCUGAUUUUAAAUUGGCACCAUUUUUCGAUGGAUACGAUCGUGCUCGUUUAGAUUUGCAUGAACAAGAAUUAGAGACAUUGGAACAAAUUUGUAGUGAACAAACGUAUAGACUCGAUGAAGCAGGUAAACUGGCCGAUUUAUUACGACCACAUUUGAGAACGAAUGCACGGGAUUUAUGUGAUAAUCAAAUUCGAAAUCAUCAUCAAACCAUCGAAGAUUUAGGUAUUGUAAUGAUAUUAGUGAUUUAUGACAAUGAUUAUUAUCAUAAUUAUUUUUUAGAGAAUCGUAUACAUCAAAGACGAAAAGAAUUACACGAUAUUCGACAAAAAUCUCAACGAUUUAAUAUAAGUGUAGCACAUUUGCAAUCGGAUACAAAUCGUUUAUUAAGCAUGAUUGAAAAAGCACCGGAUAGUGCUGAAAGUUUAGUGUCAGAAAUUGAUUCAACAUUCUCUGCAUUACAAUAUCUUGGACGUGAUUUAAAAAAAUCAUUGGAUCUUUCAAGUUCAACAGAUAUUGAUCGCGAAUUAAAAGAUGUUGCAAGUUCAGUAGAAACAGUUCGAGAUAGUUUAGAUCGUGCUAAACGAACAUAUGAGGAAAAUGAAGCGAUACGUGACAGAAUUGAACGAAUGUUAACAAAAGCAAAAACAUUUGCUAAUCGAAAACGACAAGAAUUACAACAGAGUACGGAUAGUGGUUAUGCCAGUGUUGAUUUGAUGAGACGAUCAGUAGAAAUGAAGAGUUUUAUAAAAGAUGUUGAUAUGGAAACAUCUGGUAUAACUGAACUAUUCGAUCUGAUAAUAACAUUAUCUGAAAGAAAAUAUGAUCCACAAAUUAUUCGAUCACUCGAAAAGAAACAUGAAGAUGCUUUACACGAUUUAAAAAUAUUAAAAACAGAAACUGUAAAAAGUAUUGAAAUUAUUGAUCAACAAGCUCAAGAACAAGAUAAAUUACGACAAAACGCACGAUCAAUUUUAUCAUUAUUACAACGUGCAAAAGUUAGUCUUAUUGAAAUAAGACCAACCACAAAUGAUGAAGCGGAUCAAAAAUUAAAGAAAAUUGAAGAUGAUUUAACAACAAAUUUAGAUGAAUUUCAAAUUGCGGUGGAAGAUUAUCGUCGUGAGUACGAAUAUAUAUCGGAUGAUUUGGAAAAUUUAGUUGGACGUGUGGGAGAAGAUAUGGCCGAAGUGAAGGCUCGUUUCACGGAAAAAGAAUUCGAAUUAAAUUCGUAUCAUGUGUUAAAGGAUGAAUAUGAACUGUGUAUUGAAAAUAUUCUAGCUAUUACCCAAGUAGUUGAACAUAAAACAAAAAAUCCAUCAAAAGAUGUAAAAGAAAGUUUAUACGUUUUAAAGGAAUUGGGAAUAGAAAUGCAGACACAUCGUCCGGUAAUUGAUCGUUUACAAUUAUUAUCAUCAACAUUAAGUUCACAACUAACAGAUCCAAAUGAACGUGAUCGUGUACGAAGACGUUUAAAUGAGAUGAUGAGAAAAUGGACAGAAUUAGAACAAGAAAUUUUAAGUGAAGAAGAAGAUAUGGAAGAAAUGAAAAAUGUAACAGAACAAUAUACUGACGUUAAUGAUGCUUGUGAUCGUUGGCUUCGUCAAGCACGUAUAUUAAAUGAUGAACUAUUAAAUGCACAUAAUAUGGAUACAUUUGACAAUUUAAUACCAAAAGCUAAAACUUCUAUUUUCGAAUAUCAAUCGUGUAUUGAACAUUUACAACGAUUAAGAAAUCGAUUAAAUCGUCUUAUACAAACAAAUCGAACACCAGAAGCAAUAAAAAAAUUAAAUGAAGUUGAAAGUGUGAUAAAAGAUUUAACAAAUAUUCGUGAAAAUCUUGAACAACGUAUUGAAUCUAGUCAAAAAACACACUAUCAAAUGAAUGAAUUUGAAAAACAAUGUUUAUUUUAUCAACAAUGGUUAGAUAAUAUUAGUCGACAAUUAGAAAGUAUUGAUCAAUUAUUACCCGUAGAAAAAAUACAACGAUGUAAUGAUAUUCAAAUUGAAUUAGAGAAACGAAAACAAAUAAUAGGAAAUUUGUUACACGAGUAUCCACAUGUCUCACAUAUUAAACAAACAAGUACAACUAUUCAACAUUUAUUGGCAAAUAUUGAACGAAUUAAAAUUAAUGUGAUUAAUGGACAGCAAAAAUAUGAGCAGCAAAAUCGACAACAACAAGAAUUUCGAGGACGAAUCGAUACUCUAUUUGAAUGGUUAAAACAAAUUCAUUAUUAUGAACCAUUAACUGAUAAACGUGAUUUUGAAUCAUUACAACGAGAAUUAACAAGUUUAGAUGAAAAAUAUGCACAAAUUGAAGAAAAUUGUCAAGAAAUUGAUAAUUUACUACGAAAUAUAAACAAUUCUGGUUUGCCAACAGAAUCAAUUCAAAAACUUCGUCAGGAAAUUGAUCAUGUAAAAGAACGGUAUUUAGGAUCAUUAACAGAAUUAGAUACGAAAAAGACAUUUGUAAAGAAAUCUUUGAAAGAUGCUGAUCAACAAAACAAAAAGUAUCGUGAUUAUCAAGAUUCACUUGAUAAAUUAUCAACAUUAGUUAAGAAUGAUCGAGCACCAUUGAAAACCGUUGAAGAAGCCUUGCAAUCACUGGAUGAACAGAUGAUCAAGUUUGAAAGUCAAAAUGAGGAAAAAGAAAGACAAAAACGUCAAAAGGAACGCGAAUGGCAUUUAUAUUUAGAUGAAAUAAGUCUAUUACAAGAUAAAUUAACAACAUUAAAACAACGAAAACCAAACAUACACGAUUCUAUUGAAGAUCAAUUACAUACCAUAAGAAUUCAAGAACAAGAAUUAGACCAAUAUCAUUCGGAACUUUUGCAUUUAAAACAAACUGGUCAGACGUUAAAUAUCGAUGAUCCAAAAAUGCCUUUACCAUCAGAAAUAAAUCUAUUACAAUCAAUGGUACAGUUUUUAAAAGAACAAUUUGAACAACGUCGUGAAACCAUGACACGAGCUGACAAAAAUCGUGAAUUAUAUUUAACAGAAAUGAAACUCUACGAUGAUUCAUUGUUAAUAUCCACUGAGCGUUUAGGACGUGGUAUACAAGGCAUAAAUAGUGAAACAUAUUCGAAAUCAUUGCAUGAUCAUAUCGAACAUUUUGCAAACAUGGAAAAUAAACGUCAUAAUAUCAAUAUUCUAUAUGAAAACUUAGAUCGAGAUACGAGACAACGUUAUUCAAGAACACAUCAACAGGAACUCGAUAGAAAAUCGAACGAUUUACAGGAUAAAAGUACUACGCAAACAAUUCACGCAGAACAAAUAUUAAGAAAUUGGCGUGAAUGUGAAAAUCGUCUAGAAGACAUUAAACAAAUUCUGUUGACAAUGCGUCAACAGAUACCAUCGAUCAAACGUAAUAUUCCAUUUGAUCAAAUACAGAACAUGUUAAUGUUUUCCCGUAUGCAGGAUUCAAAACAACGUCUGCUUCAUGUUGAACCAGACAUUUUACAUUUGAAUGAUGAAAUUAAUAUAUUAUGUGGUGAAGUAAAUGCAACAACCUUACAAUCCGAACUCCAAUAUGUCAAAGAUCAAUUUAUACAACUAACAAAAGAAAUCAGAGAGAAAUUUGAAGUUCACAAGAGUGCAAUAAAUCUGUCAAAUGAUUUAAAGCGAAGUUUAUCCAUAUUAGAAGAAACACUUAUUCAUUGUUCAACUGAUUUGAAAACACUUUAUGAUGGGAAUAUAAAAGAUAUUGGUCUGCUCAGACAGCAGUUAAACAAAUUAUUAGAUGUUCAAAAACGAUUUGAUAAUAAUGAAGAUCAUCGUUCACAAGCGUCAGAUUUAAUUCAACGAUUAUCAGUGUACAAUAUGUAUGAUCUUGAAUCGUUACGCACAUCACUGGAAAAUAUCAAUCACAAAUGGAAUACAUUGAAAUCUGAUACCAUUCGAUCUGAAAAGGUUAUUCAACAAGGUUUAAUAAAUAGUUUACCAUCUCGACAAGCAUGUAAAGAUAUGUUUUUAUUUAUCGAUGGAAUAAAACGUUAUUUGGACGAAGAUCAUGGUGCAUUAAUUACAAAUCAAGAGACAGUUCAAAAACUUUUGAAACGAUAUCGUGAGAUGCGUGUUGAUGUGGUCAAUCGUCAAUUAACAAUUGACUUUUUAAAUGAAUCAUUUCAACAGGAAGCUAAUGCCGAUUUUGCAGGAAUUGAAUAUAUGGAACAAAUUAAACAGAUAAAUAUUGAUUGGAUUAAAAUCAAGUCACUUAUUGCAGCUAGAAUAGAGACAUUGGGACAACUAAAUGAACAAUUUAAUGAAUUUGAUCAAACUGUUCGAACAUUGGCCGAUUGGGUACAAGAACAAACAGCAGAUCUUGAAUUUAUGAAAAAUAGAAAAUUUGAAUCGGGUUUGAAAGAUAAUAUACGAAAAUGUGAUGAAUUAGAAUAUCAAUUGACAACAAAACAACAAGUAUUAUCAUCAUUAAAAAAUUAUACGGAUCGUAUGAGUAGUUUUUAUUCAUCUAAUUUUCGUAUUGUCGAUCAAGAUGGUACAAUAAAUAAUUUAAAACAAAUGCUUGAUCAUUUAACACCGUCUAUUGAUGGUUUAAAAUCAAAAUCAAAACAUAUUCUAAAUGAUUGGCAAGAAUAUAAUCGUCUAUUAUUAAAUGUUGAAAAAAUGUUAAGAGAAGCUGAAUUAGAAAUUGAACGUGUGGAAAUGAGUGCAAUGAACGUUGAAACAUACGAAAUGUGUACAAGAAAAGCACAGGAACAUUUACAAUUAAUGUCAUUACGACAAAAUGAUUUAGAUGAAAUAAAUCAACAAAGUCGUCAUUUAUCAUCACAAUGUGAUGGAAAUACAUCAAUGAAAAUAAAUGAUAUAACACAUCGUAUUAAUCAAAAAUGGAAAGAUAUUGAAAUAAAAUUACAACAAUUAACAAAACCAUCGAAAGAUAUUGUUGAUGAAUGGAGAAAAUUUAAUUCAUCCUAUGUUAAUUUACUUGAUCGUCUAGGAGAAUUAGAAGCAAGAUGGUAUUCAAUUCAACGAGAAAAAUUUACAUCUGAAACAGAAAUUUUAUUAAAUAAAACAAAAGAUUUUCAAUCACGUUUACAACAAAUUGAUAUUGAUGUAUUACAAUUACAUGAACGUUCACAAAAUUUAUGUCAAUAUUUACCCCAAACUGCAUCUAAAAAAAUUGAUACACAAUAUAUUGUUAUUAAAAAUCAAUAUGAUGAAUUAAAAAUAUUUCAUGAUAAAUUACUUACAGAUUUUAAUAAUAUUAAACAACGUGAAGAAAUAUUUGCUGCUCAUUUACGUGAAAUAGCUGAUACAAUUCAAAUAAUUCAAAAUCAAUUAAAACAAUAUGAUAAUGAUAAAGAGCCAACAGAAGAUCGUUUAAAAGAAUUACAUGAAUUAGAUCAACGUUUAAUAUCACAACAUGAUUUAUUACAACGUUUAAAUUCAUCAGAAUUUGUUUUAUAUACAUUACAUAUUAAACGUUUAAGAGAAAUAACAAUUGAAUAUCAUCAUUUAACAGAAAUAUUAAAAACAAAAAUAAAACAAAUUGAAUUAUAUCUUUAUGAUAAAUCAAAUUUUUCAAAACGUUGUGAAAAAUGGAAUGAUUAUAUUAAAGCAAUUGAAACAAAUUUAAAUAUGAUAACAAAUAAUAUAAAAACAAAUUAUCAAGGUUUAUUAGAAAUUGAUCGUAGUCUUGAUAGAAUAUUAAAUGAUUUUAAUAUGAGACAAACAGAAUUAAUUCAAUUAUUAAAUGAGGGUAAACAAUUAAUUGAACAUGAUUUAUUUGAACAGAAAAAAGCUUAUUUUGAACAAAUAUUAUCAAAAUUAGAACAACGUUGGCAAUAUAUUAUUAGUUCGGCUAAUGAAAAACAAUUAUUUAUUAAAGAAUUAAUUAAACAAUGGAUAUCAUAUCAAAAUUUUAUUGAACAAUAUUAUCGAUUAUUAAAACAAAAAUAUGAACAAACAACAUCAACAACAAUAACAACUUCAACAGAUCAAUCAACGACAAUGUUAACAUUGAAUCAAAUCAAACAAGGCAACUUUCCAACAUUAAAAAAUAAUGAUGAAAUGAAACAUCUUCUCGAACGUAUCUACGAUGUUAAUAGACGAUUAAUUACACAUUCGGAUGCGAAUACAGUUAUUAUACUAGAAAAAGAAUGGAUAGAUUUAGAAAAAUCAGCAAAUGAUAUUGAAAUUAAUUUGAAACAUAGACGAGAAACACUUAUUACGCUUUUACUUCGUUAUAAUGAAGCUGAUCGUUCCAUUGACGAUUUAACUGCAUUAGUCAAAUCGGCCAGAACAUUACAAAUUACAAAUGAAGAAGAACAUCGUACAUUCGACAGAAUUAUUCACUUAUGUCAAGAAAAAGACCGCGAAUUGUCACAACGUCGUCAUGAAUUACAACGUAUUCGACAAUUGGUUAUUGAUAUGUCAACAGAACUUCAUCCAGAUGAUAAUCGACAAUUAAUGCAAAAAUUAAAUUUACUUGAAAUACAAUGGAACGAUGCUGAACGAAUUUUAACUAUGCUAAUUGAAUCUGCAACUAAAAAACGAAUCGAAUACAGUGAUUUUGAUGUGAAAUAUAAUCGAUUAUUAGAUUGGUUUAAAUAUUUUAUUAAUGAAGAUAUGAAUCAUCGAAUUAAUGGUCUCACUCUUGAAGCUAGUCUUGAUAUACUCAAAAUCGAUAUAAAAAAUUUAUUAAAUGAAAAACGUCAUCAUGUUAAUGAUUUAAUUGUACAAGCGAAAGUUUUACAAUCACAAGUCAGUAAUAAUGAUCAAACGCAAUUAAAUGCAAUCAAACAAAAUAUCGAACAAUUAGAACAAGCACUGAAUAAUGCUGAAGAACAGGUUGAACGAAGAGUAAAAAAGACGGAAACAACCUUAAAGACGUUGCAUGAUUUUGAAACCGGUUUGGAAAGUUUGAAAUUAUGGUAUGAUAAUAUAGAAACAAUAUUACAGCGACCACUUUCUAUAAGUACAUUUAAUACCAUCGAAGUACGCGCACACGAAGAGACACUUGCUACGAUGGAGUCUGAUAUUGAAAGACAUGAACCAGUUAUAAAUCAGAUUCUAUCGUUAGGACAACUCUUACUGAAUGACACGGAUAUAAAACCGAGAAAUGUCGAUUCAUUACCACGAUCAAUACAAACACUAGAAGCACGAUGGAAAGGCAUCAAAGAAUUAUUUCAAAAAAGAAAGAUUGAACUUAAUAAUAUGAACAUAUCAUGGAAAAAUAUUGAUGAUUUAGUUAAACGUGCAUUAAAAAUGUUGAAUGAUCAUGAACGUUUCAUACGAGAUAUUAAAACAGUUGGAAAUCAAGGAUUAAACGGUGUUCGAAGUGAAUACAAAAGUUUAGAGAAUUUUCAACGAACAUUAGAAGGCGAUGUCAGAGAAGUUCAACAAGUUAAUGAUGCAUAUUCAGAAAUGUUACGAAAUAAUUUUAUUGAUACAAAUGGCGAAACAAAAUCAAAAAUAAACGAUAUAAAUAAUAGAUGGGAAAAAUUAUCAGCAUAUGUACAUGAAACGAUGAAAAAUCUCAAGUACAUGUUAAGUGUUCAUGAUGAUUUUCAAUUGACACAAGAUUCUCUGGCAUUAUGGUUAACUGAUUUGGAUAUGUUGUUAACAAAUUUAGAACAUUUAUCAGAAGCCUCACCAAUGGAAAAAAUACGACAACUUGAUGAUAUGGAUCGUGAGAUUCAAGAAAAACAAUCCAAAAUCGAAUAUGUUCGAACGUGUGCCAAUUAUUUGUUAACAAAAACAGUCGAUUUAACAAUAAAUAUAAAUGAUUUGACAAAAUUUUGUCAACAGUUACGAGAUUUAUCAAGAAGAAUUAAAAAAUUAAAACAAAAACUUUUACAUAUAAACGAUCGUGAUAUGGAACGUUUACAAUCUCCAUCACAUAUGACAUCUUCUCCUUUAUCAUCCGAUUCUGUUAUUUCAUUUUCAUCACCAAAACGAUUUACACCAUCACCAUUUCGAUCACCAUCUCCAAGACGAUCUCGUCGACAAGAACCAAUAAAAUCGAAACUGUAUGAUCAAUAUGCGUUCGGCAAUAAUCAACAUGCACAAGAACUUUUCGCCGAUUUUGAAGAUGCUCUUUUACAAACAAAUAGUGAUCUAUUGAUAAAAGAGGAAACACUACGAGUACCGACUCCCACGGGUGUUCGUAUAGAAGAUACAUCGAACGACUUUAACUAUAGUCGUGUUAUUUCAUCAUCGCGCCGAAAAGUAGAUGCUGUACAGGCCGUUAUUACACAAAUUGAUCGUGAAUUAGAUCCUUCAAUUAGUAGUGAUUUGAAUAAUGAUCCCGUAGUUACCGAGGUAAUGGGACGCUGGAAGCGUUUACAAACCCUUGCAACAGAGAAAGAUGAAAGAUUAAAAGUCAAUCGAAAACAAUGGCUACGUUUCAAAAGACAAUUAGAAGAUUUAGAAAGUGCAGCUCAACAAUAUACAGACAUUAAUGGAUUCUGUAAGCCGUGUUUACCGAGAACUGUUUAUUCUCAAGCGGAAGAACAUCGCAGUCAAGUUCAACGUUUAGAUGAAUUACAAACAUUAUUGGAGACUGUCAUAGAAACAGCUGAUCAAUUCAGUGAUGGUACCAAUGAAUCGUUGAUAAUUGAUCAUCGUCUGAACAGUGUUAAGGAUAAAUUUGGUUUCUUAUUUGCAAAAAUCGAUAGAGAACAUCGUGAAUUAAAAAGUAAUUUGGUUCAAAGUGAAGAAUUAAAGCAGACAAUGUCAGGAAUUCUAAAUGAAUUAGAACAUUUAGAAAAUGCGAAUAACAGUUUAGAGCCAGUAGAUGAAAAUGAAUUAAAUAUAACAAUCAAUCGAACAAAAUUACAUCGUUUCAUUCGAAUACUAGAUGAUUUACAUAUUCUUGAAGAUAAACUUUAUAAUCUUGAAAAUCGUUCAGCUCGAUUAUUAUCAGGUGAUCAAGCUCGUUUUGUUGGCGAUGUAAAAUCAAUAACUGAUCGUUUAAAAUCAAUUAAACGCAUCGUCGGCAUGCAUUUGGAUCGCUUAGAAAAAACAUUAGCAAAACAAGAUCGAUCAGAAAAUAUUGAAAUAAAUACUCGCCGUAAUAUCAUGAUGAAUUCACCUUUACGAUCAUCACAACAGGUAAAUUUUAUAUAUUAG